CAACGAAACCGCUAUGCAAUCCUCAACUCAGAGAGCUCAUCGAGAGUCGAGCACAGGGAAUCCGAAACGCCGGUCACCAAACUUUCUGACACAUCUUUUAUUUCCCCAAUUUGGUAUUGGAGAACUGGGAGGAAAUUUUCCACAACUUUCCAGCCGAGACAAAUUUUCUACUGUAGGAAGGAUACUCAAGAAGUUACAAGCUAGCCCAAUCAGAAAAUCUCGACCGUCCAUCACAAUAACAAUCACAAUCACAGAUGGCUUCUUCGUCCACUUACUUCUGCCCAGCUCUCAUCGCCGCCACUCCACCGUCCUCCUCCCUCCGCCGCAAAUUCAAAGUUCCCGCCAAACCUGUCGGCUCUUCAACCCCUUUUUCCCCCAGUUUUGGCGCCACUUCUACCAGAGCCUCUUAUUCUCGCCCCAAGACCAACACCGACGAUGUUUCCGCAGAUGAACGUGUUUGGAACAGAAGGGGACUUGUAUUUUCCGCUACAUUGCCAUUCCUUCUUCCUUUUUGCAAUUCCCUGGACAACGUUGUUGCAAAAGCAGCAGAGUCAGGCAAAAAUGAAUAUCAGGUAAUGAAGGAUGAGAUUAGGAAAGUAGUCCCAAAGGGCAGGGCUGCUGGUGUACUCCGUUUGGUUUUUCAUGAUGCUGGGACCUUUGAUGUGAAUGAUAAUUCAGGCGGUAUGAAUGGCUCGAUUAGAUUCGAACUUGAAAGAGCUGAAAAUAUUGGUCUUAAAGGCCCUCUGAAGAUUGUAGAGAAAGCAAAGACAGAAGUGGAUUCAGCAGUACAACGAGUAUCUUGGGCAGACGUGAUUGCUGUAGCUGGAGCUGAAGCUGUUUCUUUAUGUGGAGGUCCGACAAUCCCCGUUGCAUUAGGCCGGCUAGAUUCAACGGAGCCUGAUCCUGAAGGGAAACUUCCUCAAGAAACUCAGAAUGCUUCUGCUUUGAAACAAGGCUUUCAGAGAAAAGGCUUAUCAGUGCAAGAUCUUGUUGCUCUAUCAGGAGCCCAUACUCUUGGGAGUAAAGGUUUUGGAGAUCCAAAUGUCUUCGACAAUUCAUAUUUCAAAAUUCUUCUCGAGAAGCCCUUGAAGUCGGGUGGUAUGUCAAGCAUGGUGGGACUUCCAUCAGAUCGUGCACUUGCUGAGGAUGAUGAAUGCUUAAGAUGGAUGACGAAGUACGCCAACGAUCAGGACUUGUUCUUUGAAGAUUUUGGGAAGGCUUACGUGAAGCUAGUGAAUUCAGGUGCCAAGUGGAAAAGCUCGUGAUACCAUUUUGGAAAGAAAGAAAGAAAGAAUAUAUACCAUUUUUCUCUUCUAAAUCUGAGUUUCAUUUCAGGUCCAGAACAAACCGCAUACAUAUUUAUUUAGAUGAGAAAUGUUAACAUCACUCAUUCUAUUACUUUCUGC